AUGGUAGACUUUCAGGACAGUGAGGUGGACUGUCGGCUCUCAAACCUUCAUGAGGAGGACACUGUAGAAGUUGUCCCCACGGUGACAAGGACUGGCAGGGACAACAUGCUGCUGAGGCUGAAGAAAGGGCUGAGGGACAAUCACACCCUCACAGGACAUACCCUCACAGCCCAGGAGCUGGGUCGUGGCAGAGGUCUGGCUGUCAAGCAGACUGAGAUCCCGAGGAAGGCAUCCCACGAGCAGAUGGCUCAGGUGGUGAAAGAGGAGAUCUCAGACGACAAUGCCAAACUGCCCUUUUUCAAUGGCCGAGUCGUGUCAUGGUUGGUGUCAGCAGAUGGUUCUCACGGGGGUUCAGAUGGGGGUUCUACGUGUGCAGACAGCCAGGCAGAGCUGCCACUUCCUUUGGAGAGGAUCGGUGGCAUCGGAGACUCAAGACCCCCCUCUUUCCAUGCGAACGCUGCUGGCAGUCAGGACAACCUGGACAACGAGACAGAGAUGGAGUCGGUCGUGUUGCUACAGAGAGAGAGGGAGUGGGAGACCGACCGUGGCAGGGAGAGAGAGAGGCCGCGAUGGAAAGAGAAAGACACUCAUGACCAUGGUGGCAGGUUGAAUGGUCACACGCGUCCAGAGCGGGAGCCGCGGCGACCGGAGCUGGCGGGCUACGAGAGCUCAUCCACGCUGAUGAGUUCUGAGCUGGAGACGACAAGCUUCUUCGACUCUGAAGAUGAUGAUGCACCCAGUCGGUUCAGUGGCUCCACGGAGCAGAGCACGUCGUCGAGGCUCGUGAGACGACAUCGGCGGCGACGGCGGAAACCCAAAGCGCCACGGAUGGAGAGGUCGUCCUCUUUCAGCAGCGUCACAGAUUCCACCAUGUCACUGAACAUCAUCACUGUCACUUUAGAUAUGGAGAAGUAUAACUUCCUGGGCAUCAGCAUUGUGGGUCAGAGUAACGAGAAAGGAGAUGGAGGAAUCUACAUCGGCUCUAUCAUGAAGGGAGGGGCGGUGGCCGCCGACGGACGCAUCGAGCCUGGAGACAUGCUGCUUCAGGUGAAUGACAUUAACUUUGAGAACAUGAGCAAUGAUGAUGCAGUAAGAGUACUGAGGGAGAUUGUGCAUAAGCCAGGGUAAGGAGCAGUCUCUCACACACUGAAACCUACACGCUGAUACGUACUGAGGAUCACACAGUGAUGAUGCAGUAAGAGUACUGAGGGAGAUUGUGCAUAAGCCAGGGUAAGGAGCAGUCUCACACACUGAAACCUACACGCUGAUACGUACUGAGGAUCACACAGUGAUGAUGCAGUAAGAGUACUGAGGGAGAUUGUGCAUAAGCCAGGGUAAGGAGCAGUCUCUCACACACUGAAACCUACACGCUGAUACGUACUGAGGAUCACACAGUGAUGAUGCAGUAAGAGUACUGAGGGAGAUUGUGCAUAAGCCAGGGUAAGGUGCAGUCUCUCACACACACU